GCCGAUUGGCUCAGACAGUCGCACCGUCGUCGUCGAAGGCACGCGCGUUUGUUGGGCGCAUGCGCGGUGACGCCGAAGUGAACGUUUCUAAUUUGAAAAAAGAAAUAAAAGACAAGAGUGAGUGUUGUAUUCCGAUCGAAAUUAUCAAAUAAAUCGAUUUAUUUGAAGGAUUUGUUGUGAUAUUUCCAGUUUGAUUAGACUCAGUGAAUAUUAGAAAGGAAUUUUUCUAACGUGAAAACGGGUUUGCAUCCCAUGUUUGUUUGUUAUGGAUUUCGUAAUAAUUUAAACUUUGAAUAAAUAAUAGGUAAUAAAAUUAUUUGCCUACAUCGUUUUAUCGUGGGUGUUUGAAUACAUCGAACAUCGAUAUCAACUGUUCAACAUUCCCAACUGGAUUCUAAUUGGAAAGAUUCAAAUUCAGAGGCGGGUCGCUAACAAGGAUAGAAACAACAGAACACCUUCACAGCUGAACGAAGAAAUGCCGCGAUUAUAAAAACAAAAUAUCCAACGAUGGUUAGAACGUUCGAUAUUCAAUAGUGAUGAGGUUGGAAUCAAAGUGAGUGAGUGAAGUAAAAGCAAGAUGGCGCCGCAACUGAGUGUAGUGUUAGUGUUAUUAGUGUACUGUGUGAGUGUGUAUGGACAUGUCGCCCUCACAUACCCUCCGGCAAGGAGGUACGACUUGGACUUUCUGGAUAAUUCCAGAACGAAGCCGCCCUGUGGAAUGCCUAAAGGAUCAUUAAAAACAUCAUUUUUAGCAGGAUCAACAUUCACAGUACACUGGCAUUUAGCAUACGCACACCGAGGUGGAUUUAGUUUGAGGAUAUUGGACGAUUUGGAAAGACCACUUCUUGAUUUAACGCCAAGGGCGGGUGGAACUGAAUUUGUUCGAGAUGACGUCACUGCCCAAAAAUACGAGGUGCGUCUCCCGAGCGACUUUACCUGCGAGAACUGCACGCUGCAACUGCAACGCGAGGCCGGCGAGUGGGGCAGCAACUAUAGAUUCUGGUCCUGCGCUGAUAUCGACAUAUUGCCGCGCAAGGAGUACCACGAGACGUGUUCAGGCCACGGGUUCUACAUCCUGGGCCGCUGCAAGUGCAACAAGCUGUACUCGGGCGCGCGCUGCCAGUUCAGCGACGAGUGCUCGGAAGACAACGACUGCGGCCUGCGCGGGAAGUGCAUCGACGUCAACGCCACCGAGUCGCCCACCAAGAUGUGCUACUGUCCUUACGGGUUCUACGGGAAAGGGUGUAAUAAGAAGGCGCCCUGGAAGGACAAGAACGUGAACCUGGGCCUGUACAGCAAGCGCGAGCUGUCGAAGCAGUUCCACCUGUACUGGCGGAUACUGAAGGAGGACGCCGAGAUCGAGGUCAUCAUGAUGGUCAACGGCACCUCGUACGCUGGUGUCGGUUGGCGCCCCAACGGUUUGACAAAGGAGUGUAAGAACUUCCCAGUGCUGGGACCUGCGGUCGAUGCAAAAGCAACCACACAAAAAACCGAACCACUACCGGAGCCAGAGCCGAAAGCCGAACCAGAACCUAGCGCAGAACCGGAACCCAGUCCAGAACCGUCUUCGGAACCGGAACCGAGUCCAGAACCGAAAUCGGAACCGGAGCCUACAACAGUACCGGAACCGAAACCCGAACCCGAACCUAGCUCAGAACCAGAACCGUCUUCGGAACCGGAACCGAAACCGGAACCGGAGCCUAGUGUACAGCCAGAACCGGAACCUACUAAAGCACCAGAGAAUGAUAAUAGGAAUAAGAGAGUUGCCAUGCACUCGCUUGAUGGGUUUGACUUCAAAAACCUCGGCAAUGACGGCGAAGUCACGGUGAAAACUAGUGUGUCGUACCAAGUGUCCAGUUCUAAGGGUCGUAAGAAGCGCGCAGUAACGGAACCCACGAAUUUGGAUACAACGACCACUCAUAUGUCCCCUAAACACUCCGUUGUAUCCACUGAACCGUCAGCUUCUCCCGAACCCACUUCCCAAACACAACCGAGUCCCGUAACCACUGUCAAACCAAAACCUAAACCCACAACUAGACCAAAGUUCAAGCCAAAGUCUAAACAGUUAGCUGAGCUCACAACUACACCCGAACCCAGUCCCGAACCGACGACGGUGGCAGAACCUAGUGCUGUCCCUGAACCUACUACUGUACCCGAACCUAAAACGGAACCGGAACCGAAAUCGACUCCGGAACCGAAAUCUGAACCCGAACCUAGUACAAAACCUGAACCUAGUUCUAGUCCUGAGCCCGUGUCUAGCCCUGAGCCUGCUCCGGAACCUUCUAGUGAACCUGAACCGAAACCCGAGCCUUCUCCUGAACCUACCCCAGAACCGAAGUCCCAUCCAGAACCAACUCCUGAACCUAGUGCUCAUCCAGAGCCUACUGCUGAACCUAGUUCUCAACCCGAACCCAGUACUCAACAUGAACCUAGAUCUCUCCCAGAACCUAGUACAAAACCAGAACCAAGUCCCGAACCUACUCCUGAACCUAAAACCGAACCUGAACCUAAAUCCGAACCCGAACCUAAGGCGGAACCGGAACCAACUACGGAACCGGAACCGAAAUCUGAGCCAGAACCUAAAUCAGAACCCGAACCCAAAUCUGAACCAGAGCCUAAAUCUAUACCCGAACCGAAGUCCGAGCCAGAACCUAAAUCUGAACCGGAACCGAAAUCGGAACCGGAACCUAGUUCAGAACCGGAACCGAAAUCGGAACCGGAACCGAAAUCGGAACCGGAACCGAAAUCGGAACCGGAACCGAAAUCGGAACCGGAACCUAGUCCCGAACCUCAUCCCGAACCCGAACCCACCGCAGCAUUGGAACCUGAGACAUUGCUAGUGAAGGGACUUAAAGACGAAGCAGGUUACUUCCCCGCCCACGAAUACGUACCGAAGUUCGACUUCAACCCGAUGGACUGCACCGACAUCGUCAUUGGAACCGCUAAGGGCAACUACCAUAGAGUGCUCGACUAUUAUACUAGAGACAGGUCGACGCCCCGAGUGGACACGUUCUGGGGCGGACACGACGACAUCACCGCGGCCUCCGGCUACGAGGAGAACGGAGUCACCACCAUCAUGUUCCGGAAGAAGAUCAAGGCUAAAGAGCCCACGGACCACUCGAUAGUGGACGACAACAUGCACGUGAUCUGGGCGCGCGGCCAGGAGCCGGGCAAGUACGUGCACUCCCCCCCCUCGGGGCUGGAGCGCGGCACCGCCUCCGUGGGAGACUUCUACAGACCUGACGAGCUGAAGUAUCAUGGACAUGGGUCGCAGAGAGGCGUUGCUACUAUCAAUUUCUUCGAGGAGACAAAGGUAUCGAUAUCAGGCGGCAUCCUCCCCCUGCCCGACAAAUGUGGGGGGCAGUGGCGUCUCCCGGCGGACUGCGACCCCGCCAACAAGACGUGUGACUACGUCGCCACCUGGGAGUACCUCGGACAGAAGCGAGGCAAGGACUCUGUGCGGUUCACUAUAUCCACCAAGCAGACCAAACAUUGGACCGGGAUUGGGUUCAGCGAUAAUAAGAAGAUGUCCCAAUCAGACGCUAUAAUAGGGUGGGUGGACGGCAGAUCGGGCCGGCCCUUCAUAAUGGACACCUGGGUGUCGGGGUACUCGGCGCCGCGCGUGGACCCGCGCCAGGACCUGGCGCAGGAGGCCGGCAGCACCGUCGACGGCGUCACCACGCUCAGCUUCGUUAGGAAACGGAAUACUGGCGAUCAGAAGGACCUGGGCUUCACGGACUCGCAGUGCCUGUACAUGAUGUUCAUCCCGCACGGCGGCGGCUUCGACCCGGUCAACAAGCGCACCAGCAAGCACAUGCAGACGCCCAUCGUCACCGACGAGCGGGUCUGCAUCAAGCCCUGCGGCCCUGAACCAAUCGAAGAAGAGAUAACGACGGAACCAGUGCUACCGGGGCAGGCGUCGUACACGAUGCUGAUCCGCAUCACGGGCCUGGCGGACAGCUACAAGCCGCCCGCCGCCGGCAGCAAGGAGUUCGACGAGCUCAGCAAGACAGUCGCUGACAGUCUCGCCGCUGAACUGGGGAAGACCAAGGGAUACCACGCUAUACUUGUCAAUGGGUUUAUGCAAAACGAAACAAAAGCGAUAAUAGCAGAACUGACCCUGAAAUCAAUAGAGUCGAACUCCAUAGAGGGCUCGACGGGGCGCGCCCUGUCCUCCGACGCGAGCAACAGUAGCGAGGCGGAGGACGGCGCGGGUCGCUGGGAGCGCGCCGUGAGGGACACGCUCGCUCUCGGCCGCGUCGGGAACCUUAACGUCGAUCCCGAGUUCUUGGUGUUUGAGCCGCAGAGCUUACUAUCAGAACGUCCUACAGAAGAGACGACAGGCAAUGCACGCGUGUUCUUCGGUCUAGCAGAAACAAAACUGUACGUGGUGGUGGGAUGUGUAGCGGCGCUGGUACUGGUGGCGUUACUGCAGGCUGUCUGCACUGUCUAUAGGAGCAGGAGCGCUGCUGUACAGACUAAGGACCAACUAAUACCAAACACAGCAUGGAAAGACUAUUCAUCAGCGAACACCAACUACGCGUUCGAACCGUUCGAGAACGACGACAAAUACAACAGCACCACUUCCACCGCCCCACUACGUCACCGACAGACCCCACUCAGACCCACGGACCCGCCCCCACCGCGCCCCGGCAGCGCCAACAAAGCCCCAUCAAAACCCAAGUCAAACGGGGUCAAUGGACAACAUGGGGUCAAUGGACAACAUGGGGUCGUUGGCCAACAUGGGGUCAAUGGUCAUGAGGUGAGACACGGGGUCAAUGGACACGGGACGAAUGGUCGGAUGACCCCCAAGCACCAGAACAGUGCCGCGCAGUACUACCAUGAGACCAGGUCGUUGCAGCGGCCCAGGGGAGGCGGACAGUAUGGCUACGCGGGUCGCCCGGACCGCGAACGCGCGACAUACUCGCUGCCGCGCGGCGCCCGCGGCCCGGAGCCCGGCCUCUCUGCCCACCCCGACUUCUACUUCAUGCCGUCGCAACGCAAAUACGAAGAUUUUUGAUGGGGUCUACGGUGAAUUCUGAUUAAAUAUUUAGUUACCAACAUUAUCAUAUUUUCUUACAUAUAUUCGCACCGAUUCGUUUUUAAGAUGAUUUAUUUUCUCUCUAUAUAUAUUCUCACAAUAAUUUUAACUUAUCAUACUUAUAAAUAAAUAUUAUUUUAUAUUUUUUAUUUCAAACCAGAUCUAGUCUCAUGUCACAGUUUUAAAAAUCGUAAGUUAUUUUCACUUCUAAUUAUAAUAAAAGUAAUAAUUUUACUUAAUUAUUUUUAUUUUUUUCUUCUUGUUACUUACAUAAAAAACAAAGUUGUAAAUAUUAAUUUGUAAAAUUAUUUCGCUGUAAAUUGCACAAAAGCUGUUUUAUAGGUUUUGACGAAUAAUUUAAUUAAUUAUAAGUUUUCUUUUAAUAACAUUAGACAGUAAACAAAUUCUUGUUUGCAGUUCGCUGAACUGAUUUUCACUUCUAUUGCCUACACAAUAAGGUUCAAGGUUUUUUAUUUAAUUACAAAAUAAAAUAAAAAUUGAAACGGGUUUAAGAAACUGUCUGAUGGUAUUUUAAUAGAAUUUAGUUUAAAAAAAUAACAAAUUAUUAGAAAAUACGGACACCACCUAUGUUGUGUUAGGUGAACGAAUUUAAAUAUAAUUUUAACUUAAAAAUGUAUAAUUAUAAAAAAGAUUUAUAAUUAAAGUUAUAAUUUAAUUAUAAGUAGCCUUUGUAUAAAAGCCUUAUAGGGUAAUUAUAAGUUUAAAAGAGUAAUUAUAAGUUUAUAAUUCCGUCCCGAUAUGAUUAUUUGUAAAAUGCCCGAACAUGAAGUAUUACAACGACGUAGAAGUAAGUGUGUACGGUACCUAAGAUUUAUUAAUGAAAUAAAAUAUUAUUUUUUAUAAAUA